AUGGAGAGAUCCCACCAAUACUCAGCAGCUGUGCUAGGAAGCACAGGUGCUAUAGGCUUGAAACUAAUUGACUUGCUUAUGACUGAUGAACGUUGCUCCCAUAUAGUUGCUAUAGCUAGAAAGUCAUUGCCAGCCUGGUCAGAGUACUCGACUUCCAAGCUCAAUGUCAUUGAGGUUCCAAAUCUGGAUAAUAUGUAUGAGGAGAGAAAACAAUUUGAAGGUUGCGAUCAGUUCUUUUGUUGUAUAGGCUCUACUACUAAUCAAGGAAAAGAUGUCUUUAAGAAAGUGGAUAUUGAAUAUCCACUCGAGUUUGCUAAAAUUGCUCUCGAGGUUGGAGCUAAAAGAUUUUCCCUGGUAUCUUCUGUUGGUGCAAAUGCUACCUCAUGGUUUUUAUACAUGAAAACAAAAGGAGAGGUUGAAGAAAAGUUAAAGAAAAUUGAUCUCCAAAAUCUAACAAUCGCAAGACCAGCUUUACUAAUUGGUAGAGGAGCUGCUACUCGUUGCAGGGAAAAAUUCUACGCUUGCAUCCCUUGAGCUGCAAGAAUCGAUUGUAAUGAUGUGGGAAAGGCUUUGAUUGAAAACUGCCUCACCUCUACAGAAACAGUCGAAACUUUAGAGAACCGUGAGUUGCUAAGAUUAGCCAGGAAGUCCGAGCUAUAACCAGAUCACCAUAACAUCAUGUGAAAGAACCAUCUUUCAAUA